AUGGUACCUAAGGUGGUGCGGAAAUGGGAGCAAAGGGCACUGGAGGGGCUGCAGUACAUACCGGAUACUCGCGGUACCCAUGACUGUCGAGGUCAUUAUACGGAGAGCAAUCCCGUUACGCAGCAAUUGGGCGCUGAAGCAACAGUCAAUCCGCCCAAGAUGCUCCCACAACGAGUUGUGCGAGCUUCGGCUCUGCGCAAUGCCAUGGCUGCCAGCCGAAGGCUCCCCACGAUUCAGCGACGAGGCUUUUUGCCAUCUCAAUUUUCCGACAAGAAAGUGAUUGACGAAAAGUACCCCGAUUUCCCGCGACUCAGCGAAGCUCAGGAUCCCGGAAUGAACGGAGGCUACAUCAACCCGCCUAGAAUCAAGCGACAGUUCCGCGACCCAUAUGCCACCUGGUGGGACCCUCAGGAGCGACGAAACUUUGGCGAGCCGGUUCACGAGGAUAACGACAUGAUGGGUAUCUUCUCCCCUUGGGAGUAUACGUGGACUACUACGGGGCCUGGUCUUAUCAUGGUUGGAACAUUCAUUGCCGUUUUCCUCGGAGUUUCAGGGGUUGUCUACCUCAACUACCCUGAUAGGGUUGCCUUCCCCAGGGAAUUUGAGAAUGGCCUGGAGCGGGAAUUGGGUGGCCCGGGAGCCGUAAGAGCACGAAUGGCUGGCGAUGAGGACCCGUAA